GAAAACACAGUCAAGGAAAAGCAGUCAGGCAUAACAAUGGCGGGCCGAAGGGUCCUCUCCGUGCUCAAAAACAGACCAGCGGCGCCGAAACCGCCUCCAGAGCCCGCGCCACAGCCCUCCGCGCCAGCAGAUGAAGGGAGAUCGAAAUCAUGGGGUCGUAGAAUAGUCUCGGGAGCAUUACUCUGCUUGACAGGGGGCGUAGCUUUGAGUGCUCUUGAUGACCUAGUCAUUUACCAAGGCUGCAGCAGCAAGGCAAUGGAGAAAGCCAGCAAGAACAAGGCAAUAAUUGACGCAAUUGGGGAGCCAAUUGUGCGAGGUCCUUGGUAUAACGCAUCACUUGCUGUAGCACACAAGCGGCACUCUGUAUCUUGCACCUUUCCCGUCUCUGGACCUCAAGGCUCUGGAAUAUUUCAGCUGAAAGCAGUAUGCAAUGAAGAUCAGGGUCUGUUUUCCAUCUUGCGUGCCCGUGACUGGGAGAUCCUUAUCAUGGAAGCUCUCCUUCACGUUCCUGGCAACGAUGAGAAGGAACGGACAUUCCGAAUAAACAUUUCAGAUGAUCCCCCUCUCGAAUGCAAGUCGUGUGUUGCUGCUUGCCCUUCCACCCCUACCCCUCAACUGCCACCCAUUGCUCAGAACAAUCAAUCGUAGCUUCUUAUCAAGGUUUCUUUCUGUGAACAAUUCAUUUAUAUUUUCUUUAUUUCAAUCGGUAACUAUGUUAUCGUCCCUAAAAUCUCAGUGUUCAAUAAUACUAUUAUUGGGAUUUUGAUAGUUAGACAGAGAUUGGCGAAAUUUAUUUUGGUAGGCAGACCAUGUUCCAACUUCCAUGAAUAAUUGACGAAGGUUAGAUAUUUGAUACAAGCCUUCACUUUUGAUACACCUUCAUAAUUCUUGUAAUUUUUAUCAAAUCUAUCCAUAGCUGUUUAAUAAUAGUGUCGAUUUUAUUUCA